GGAACUCGUGUCCACGGGCUGCCUCGAGUGCAACCACCACCAUUGCGCCCAUCGACAGCCCGAGCUCCGCCAUCUGGCCCUCCCCGCCCGUGCUCCGUCGAUGGCCACAGCUCCUCCCUUUGCCCUUCCCCUUCGCACGCAUUCGUAUCGAAUCGGCCGAAUUCUUGAACUCGCGCGAAUUCGUCCUUGACAGAUUCCCUUUUGUGUGCACGAUUAUGCCUCCGAAUUCUCAUGAGUCGGUGUGAUGCUCUGUGUGGCGAAUUGCUGUCAUGAAUCGAGGAGGAGAGGAUCCGCACGGCUCCCAGUGGGACAUUGCGUCUGCGGGUUGUGAGGAAGAUGUGUGCAACGAAAUUGGCAUCUGCAUCUCUCGUCGUCGUCGCAGCACUCGGCAGCGAUGACAUGGGAAGGAAAAUUAGGGUUUUGCCACGAACUUCGAAGUAUGUGAGGAUCAGUGGCGUGUUUUGCUGGACAAGCUGGGAAGCAGCUUUAAGGAGUCGGCUGCGAGCCCUUGCAACCUGACCUUGCUCCUCGUGGGGCACCCCGCAUAACGGCCAAUUGGGAUCGAUAUUUGAGUUGCUGUUAUCAUGGCCACCACUCGUAUGAUUCUACAGGUUCUGGAGACUUAUCAAAAAGCUCGUAUAACCUUUGCCCAAACGGUGGCAGAAUUUUCUAGCAAACCUACGAAUGUAGAGGUGCUUCAUAAUGCCGGGUGCAUGCAGCUGUUGAGGCCUCUCUUGUUGGACAGUGUGCCUAAUAUUCAACAGACUGCUGCCCUUGCUCUCUCACGACUUGCUGGCUACAGUGAGGAACUGUCAGAAGCUAUUGUGCACGAGAACAUCCUGAUUCAGCUUGUGUACUCUCUUAGGGAACAAAACCGGUACAACAAAAGAGCAGCAGCGUCUGUUUUGAGGGCUAUAGCCAAACACUCUGCACCAUUGGCUCAAGCAUGUGUCGAUGCAGGGGCAGUGCAGCCUUUAGUUUUAUGCUUGGAGGAGUUUGAUCCCGCUGUGAAGGAGGUCGGCGCCUGGGCUAUAGGGCACAUUGCCCGCCACACUCCAGACUUAGCUCAGACAGUUGUCGAUGCUGGAGCAGUGCCUCUACUUGUGCUUUGCGUACAGGAACCAGAACUGUCACUGCGGCGAUGUUCAGCGGCAACGUUGUCUGAUAUUGCUAAACACACCCCGGAGCUCGCUCAGGGUAUAGUUGAUGCUGGGACAGUUCCCUUCGUUGCUCCUCUCAUCACGCAUACCGAUGCCAAACUGAAGCGAGAGAUCUGUGCGGUAUUAUUCCAAAUAGCCAAACACACGACAGACUUAGCGGAGGUUAUUGUUGCUGCUGAUAUAUUCCCGAGGAUCUUCACUUUGCUGAAGGACAUGGAUCCAAUGGUUAGAAGGAAUGCUGCUUCAGUAGCCCGUGAGGUUUGCAAGCACACGCCUGAGUUAGCCCAGCUUAUUGUUGCUACGGGUGGUGUGGCGGCCCUUGUGGACAAUGUCUCGGAAGUCACAGGGAAUGAGCGUUUGCCUGGUAUCAUGGCCUUGGGUUACAUUGGAGCAUUCACAGAGGCUCUCGCUCUCACAGUCAUUGCCUCGAACGGGCUUCCUCCUCUGAUGGAUGCACUAAAAAAUGAAAUUGAGGAUCACAUCAAGAGUGCUACUGCAUGGACUUUGGGCCAGGUUGGAAGGCACACUCCGAACCACGCUAAAGCAGUAGCAGAGAUAGGCGUUCUGCCACAUCUAAUUUUGUUGUUUAUAUCUAAAGUUAGCAGCGAAGACUUGCAGACGAAGUGUAAGAAGGCGUUCAAGAGCAUUGUCGACCGACUUACAUACUUUCCAGCUCUUGAUUCGUUAUUCCAGGGUCCACCAUUGCCCGAGGAACUGAUGAUGUAUGUAGUCAAACAAUUGUCAAAGAUAAUACCAAAUGACAAUGAUGCACGGACGAAGUUCGUUACCUCUGGAGGCUUUGCCAAAGUCCAGCAAUUGCAAGCAGAGCAAGGUAGCGAGUUAAGGGAGUACAUCGAUACACUGAACAAAGCCUAUCCCAUAGAAAUAGUCCACUACUACUCUCCAGGAUACUCAGAAAUUCUACUGCAGACUUUGACGGGCGCCAAAGGCGCGAAGGAACCUGCCGGUGGAAAAGCAACCCCACCUCCCGGAAAAGCAACCCCACCGAAAUCCCCCCCACCGAAGCCCACGAAGCCCAAAGCUUAGCUUACCAUUCACUGUCCUUUGUGUACUUUCAAAGCGAUCAUUUCAUCUGUGUAUACUACUUCUGAAGCAAAGCAAUUUCAGUUCGCCUCCUACCCUCUUCUCCGAGAGAAUCAAAGAUCACUGAAUUUCUCAUCCCUGUGGACAUCUUUUGAACUCCCCGAAUCGACCUGUAUGACAUUGUUCAGUGUGAUCGGAAACGGACUUCUGAAUCCUCUGCGUCCUCAGAUGGAUCUCGAUUGUACUAUGGUGUGCUUGGAUCAAAUACUCUCCUUGCUCAAGAGUCCAAUGCGAGAGUCACCUGGAGAAAUGUAGUUGAAACCGAGUAUUGUCGGUAGUCAUCGAACGUAAUGAGUAUGACCUGGACCGCAUAGCUACUUCAUCUCCAGCCUUCCUCGUUGAUCCAGAUGAGCGGAUGACACCCACGAAGGUAGGCAAGUGGGAGGAAAAGCAGGCCAUUGAUCGCGACCAAACCACGACCAUCUGCUGAUUAACAAUUUGUAAAUUCGACGAUGAAAAUAUGUUUUGUAGAGCUAGCUGAAGGCAAGUUCCAUCAUACGACGCGGCCUGUGAGAAUCUAUGUCGUUCUUCGGAAUAAAAUCGUCAGAUUUUGGCCGAUUCUCCAAAACCAUGAUGCUAGUCCACAACCUCCAUUUAUUGGAAUACUCAGUAUGGGGUACCGAGGACAAUAGUUAGAAGGAUUGGAAGACCCCGUGAAGACAUGUAGGCAUGAAACCAAGUGGGUAUUGUGGGGCUAGCAGCCUACUAGCAAAAUUAGAUAUGUCUUAAAUACAUGGAACAUGUCU